AUGAAUUCCCUCAGCUUAAGUCCAAUCAACUUCAAGUCUAAUUUGGGACACGUCAUGGUCGGAUGUGAUGCUUAUGAUGCUCAUAAAACUUGCAGUGUUCAUUUCAAAGAAUUUUACUGUCUGGCACUCGCUUCUGUUAAUAGGGUCACAACUCACAAGUCGUGUUGUUUUGAUUUUUCAGCGUUGACCUCGAGGAAUUUGGUCCAAAACUUAAGUUGA